CGGUAGAAAAGACGCAUUGUCAAUACUUAAACACUAUUAUGUUCGUUUAACCAGUUACAAAGCCUUAAAACGUGAACGUGUACACGUAGUAAUUCGUGAUAAUGGCCGACGGGAGAGUAACUCUUAUUCCCAGAACGCGGGGGAUGCUGCUGUCGGUGGCAUGGCCGUUCUCAUUAUUUCCCGCUCUAAUCCAUUGUGGGGCACCCUGCGAGUACUUGCAUCAUAAUACGCUAUCGGUUCUAUGAACAGAUUAUUAAUUAAUAAAUACGUAUCAUUGUAUUCUAAUACAAUUACUCAUUGACUCAAUGUAAUUUGAAUUAAACGAAUCGUAGAACACGAUUAUUUUUUUACAGCUUACUUUUUAUUUCAACAGUUGAUGAUUAUUUGAACUUCUGUUGUCUUAACAAUUUCAUUUCAUAUAUCCAUUAUAAGCAUUUUAUGUUCUCCUUACCGUUACGAAGUGUUUGGUGUAGUGAUUUGAUAUUUUUCACGCGUGGCUUAGAUUUUGGUUAUGUUUGGCUUUGUGUCGCAUGACAACAUGCUGUCGAACACAAAGGAAAAUUAAUCUAAAUCCUGUGAAUCACUUGUUUCUAUAAGUUACAUUUUUGUAAAAUGGACACAGAAAGAUUACUCAAAAAAAAGAAGCGGGUCACGCGAGAUGGUAAUUUCCAACAGCUGGCUGAAGUUGUUAAAGAGCUUGGGGACUUGUAUUUUGAAACUGGAAAGUUUCAAGAUGCAUUGCAAGAAUAUACAGAGCAAUUGGAAGUCUGUAGUAUUUUAGGAGACAAAUUAAACAUUGCAGUGGCCCACAGAAUGAUUGGAGAGAUACACACGAAUCUUAACAACUAUGAGGAAGCAUUAAAGCAUCAAAACCAUUAUUUGGAAGGAGCCGAAGAGAUAAAAAAUUUAUUAGAAGAACAACGAGCUUAUGCCACAUUAGGUAGAACAUAUUUCUGCUGGGCUGAAAGCCUGGUUGAGUCUGAGAAAAAGACCAAAGCCCUGAAAAGGGCAAAAAAAGCAUAUAUGAAAAGUAUAAGGCUUUGUAAUGAAUUAGGAGACACAGAUAUUGAAUUGAAGGAACUGAUUACAAUGCGGGCGCGGUUGCUUUUGAACCUAGGUUUAGUGUUAGAAAUUCAGAAAGAACAGCAGCAGGCUAUUGAUUUAAUGGAGAAAGCUGCAGCACUGUGCGAAGCACAUAAUUUGCAAGAAGAUUUUCACAGAACACAAGUUGCCCUAGGUGGAGUUCAUGAACGGCAAAACGACUAUGAAUCGGCGUUAAAACAUUUCGAAACUGCCACUGAGAUUGACAAUCCAUCCUUAAAAGCAGAGGCGCGAUACUUACAGGCAGAACUACUUUUAAGAAUGGAAAGGUGGUGCGAGUCGCGCAAGAUAUUAGUUUCCCUUUACGUUACGGACAAUCUAUCGGAAAAUAUUAAAUGUCAAGUAGAAAAGAUUCUCAGAAUAGUGGUAACUUUAAAUGAAACUGAGAAUGCUUUAAAGACAGAAACAAGUACAAGCGGUAAGUUGAGACUUUAUGAAAAACUAGGAGAUACGGCUGUUGCCGCGAAAUGUUUCGAAAAAGCUAUCGAUUAUUAUCGAAAGAUGCUUAACUGCGCAGAGGAGAUCGAAAGCGAUCGUACAGGAGCAGCCUUGUUGAGUCUAGCUCAAACUUUAAAGGACGUAAAACGCUUCAACGAAGCGUUAGAUUUUGCACAGAGGGAGUUAAAGCUUUGCACAGAUUCGCGUGAAAUUUGUAGAUCAGCUUUAUUCUUGGCAGAUUUACUGAUAGACACCAAAGCAACCGACGACAAGAUUCAAGAAAUUUACAAUUUAGCUUGGACUAAUGCAAAAAUUUGCGCCGAUCCUUCUUUGGAGACGUCCGUUUUAAAAGAACAAUUAAAUUAUUUUCUUAAUUCUGGGAAAACGGAAGAGAUAAAAAUGAUUCAGGAGAAACUGGAUAUGUUGGAAGAAGUACCAAGCAGUUCUGACAGCGAAGAUGAGAUAGACGAAAGUAAUAUCGGCGCGAAUAUUUGCUUGGAAGAUUUGUCGGAUAUAGAGACUGAAUUGAAAACCAAGGAAAAUAGUAAAACGUAUAGGAAACGAACAAGGAAACAAACGGUCGUGAUAAAAAGAAAUGAAAAGGGUGAAACACAGCUUCAUGUAGCUUGCAUCAAUGGCAAUGUCGAAGCGGUAGAGAAAUUAUUAACUGAUGGUCAUUCGAUAAAUGUUAGAGACCAUUUUGGAUGGACUCCUCUUCACGAAGCGGCCAAUCAUGGUUACGUGGAGGUAGCAAAAUUAUUGUUGCAACACGGUGCGAACGUAAACGAUGCUGGGAGCAUCAUGUGUCAGGGAGUUACUCCACUUCACGAUGCAGCAUCUUGCGGCAAUAUUUCGAUGAUGAGACUCCUAAUGGAGUAUGGUGCAAAUGUGGAACUAACGGCAAACGAAGAUGAUACCGUACUAGAUUGUUUGGAGCAAUGGAAAGAUCGUGUUGAUUAUUUGUCUCCCGAAGAACAAGCUGAGUACAUCGAAAUGCAUUCAAAAUUGUCUGCUAUAAUACCAGCAAGCAAGAGAAAAAAUUGCAAACAAUCAGAGAAAUUAUCACGCAAUUCAAGAAAUUGUAUCAACGACAGAAGUGGUACCGAUGAAAAGGUCUCUGCAGGCGAAGAUUAUAAAAGAACUAUAGCCAGCUUAAAGCAUAGAAAUGACCCGAUUGGAGCAUCCUUGACUCGUCCCAAACGUAUAAUCAACCCGCUUUUGAACAAGAAUGAAGUCCUUUUGGAUGAUUGGUUGGAGGAUGAUAUUAACGAAAGUAGUAACAACAGAAGAUAUUCCAAUGAAGAUAUCAGUCCAAAAAUAAAGAGGAAAUCUAGUAAUGAUGAUAUUCAGCUCGAGAAUAAUUCGAAGCGUCAUAAAACAAUGGUUGUGAGUCCUACGAUAGAAGACAACGAAUUUGAUCAGAUCGAAGAUGAAAGUAAUGAUAGUUGUAAUACCGAAAUAGCGCAUUCUUUUAAUGUGCGCAGAAUUCAGAAGAAAAAGCAACAGACUUCUUUAUUGUCAAUUGGUUUUACCAAAAACUCUGUUUCUCGAACACCUUCGCCUAUCAACCCAUCUCCCAUAGAAUUUGAAUCGAGAGAAGCUGAUGUUAUAGUAAAGUCGAUUAUUUUAAAUGUAUGCGUCGAAGGGAAAGUAUUUCAAACUCAGGUACAAAUCUCAAAUGUGUCGAAACCGUCGGUACAAAACAUUUUAAUGGAUAUCGAAAAGAAAUUUUACGACGAUAGCGGAUGUAACGCGAAGUUCGAUUUAAAAACUAUGAACGGUAUUGCUGUAAAUUCUGAUAAUAUAUUUACAAUUUUAAACGAAGGAGACAUUGUUAAAAAUUUCAAAUGUGAAGUGAUUGAAUUAGAGAUACCACCUAUCGCUGAACGAUAUCGGAUUAUUUGUCAAACUUACAACAUAGAUGUCCGUGAAUUCAUAUUAAAGUGUUUAAAAUCGUGCGAGAACAUGUUCAUCUUGCGGUUGAAGCAAGAAGAUGUCAGUAGUAGAGAACUUAUGUCUGUAUUAAAAACUUUAGAGUACCAAAAGAACAUUCAAAUAUUAGAUCUAUCCAAUAAAGAAUUGCACGAAGCAGGGAGUGUUCUGCAUGAUUGCAUUUUGAAAUUAUCGACUUUGCAAGAAUUAUGCCUUCAAGGAUGCGAUAUCGAUUCCAAGUGUUUGAAUAAAUUAGAAAAACUACCCCCGCAACUCAAGUAUUUAGAUCUCAGUUAUAAUCCACUUGGAUCAACAAGUGAAGAAAUACUUUCUAAACUUCUUGUUCCUCUGGUGCAACUGCAAACAUUGAAUUUACGAUAUUGUCAACUGUCUAAUGUUCAAUUUCUUUCAAAGAACAAUGGUCUGCUAAACUUGGAUAUUUCUUGGAACAACUUUAAGGAGGAUGAAUUCUGCACCUCGUUACAGAGACAGCUACUUAAUUUAAAUUUAUCUAGUACCGUUCUUUUAAACGAUUUUAACAUGGUUAAAAGCACUUUCAAUAAUAAAAAUGUUUUGUUCGCAAACUUAGAACGUUUAGAACUUGUUGCGUGUAAUUUAUUGGAUAGCGAUAUAAGAAAUAUAUUGUCGAAAGCGUCGAAUAUUUCUAAAUUGGUGCUUAGAGGAAAUAAAGGUGUAAGUGCACAAUCUUUAAAUUUACUAUUGAAGCACACACCAACGCUGGCGCAUAUUGAUAUCAAUGGAUGCGAAAGUAUCGUCACGUAUCCUGAUUCAGAAAUAUUUAUCGAGAGUCCAGAAAUUUGUACAUUAAUCGUGAACAUGUCUUCUGACGUGUACGAGUGUUGGCUUUGUUUAUGGCGAGGGAAAGGUAUUGCGAAAAAAUUAUCGUAUGAUCUCGUGAUAUUUAAACCUUUGAUUAAGGAGUUUACAAAUUGAAAAUGCUUUUAUAUGUACAGUACUUUAAUUGUAUAGUCUUACGAACAAAAUGUUGUAACGUUAUAUUUUUAU